ACCCUUGGACUUGCUCUUAUCCCCUAAAUCCCUUGGCAUGAGUUGCGUAAGUGAUCGUAAGAGUAAUAAGGAACCCGACCGGACCCGAAUCAUCAACACAGGAAAAUACUACAGCCGUAUUUUAACAAACAAGAGAGGCGCAAAGCAAGCAAGCAAUUAGAUUUCUAGGGCUCCGGAAUUUAAAAAUUACUCAGAGAAACUUGAACAAUAAUAUACAAGAUGGGUUCGAUCAAAGCGGCCAAGACGGUAAUGGAACUUGCCGAAGUGGCGUUGACCGCCGUGGAGUGCUGCCACAAACACCAUCUUCUCAACGAAACGACGCCGUCGUCUGAAUUGGAUGCUUUGAGAUCAGAGAAUCAUCGUCUGAAGAAGUUGCUGCAAGAGAAUCUAAAGCUUCUCCACAACAUCGCUCAAGAUUCCGCCUCUUUAUUACCAGAUUGCCCCCCUGAUCUACAUGAUCGUCUCAUGGCUUCCGUUGAUUCGACUAAGUUCUUGAAUCAGCUUCAGUCCCUCCAGGCUGAUGGAGCUAGCUGUAACUUUCCUUUCAAGGAGGCUUCAGGAACUGAUCUAGAGACGGCUGAAAUCUUAGUCAAUGUUAGCGCUGGAGAACCAAGUUGGUGGGUUUGGGUCACGGAUGAAAUGGUUCCCAGUAAUGUGGAAGAAAGGAGUGCAAUUGACCAUGAGAAUUAUGUGGUCGUGAGUGAAGAAAGUGUGGUGGAUGGUGUUGCCAACUUUAUGGCUAGGUGUGUCGUGUCAAAUCCAAAUGCUCAGAAGUUAACACCGGAGGAGCUUCAGAAAACUCUGACAAAUGCAUUGCGCGGCAUGAGCAAGUUUGAGAAAAUGUUAGACAUCUGGCAUGCCGGGGCCAUGUUCUAUACGCUCUCUACUUGGGGAAUUGCUCUCAUAGGGCUGUACAAGGCUCGUUCUGUAGUGAGGGUUGCUGCAAUGGGGGUUCAUAAAUCUAGCAAAUAUGUUCUAAAGGCUCUCUGAAGAUGGCUGUUCCUCCUCCCUUGUAGACCAAAAUGGAUUAAACAAUGGAUGUGUAUUGUUCUUUGUGCGUCCUGUACAUAAAAGUUUCUAUCCAGUUUGUGGUUUCUAGCGUGGUAAUCUGUUGAUAGCAUGUGUGUUGUGUAUCCAUGUGAUAUAUAUAAGUUACUGCUUACUUAAUUGUAAAUAUAACAUACAUUUUAAUUAAUGUUUAAUUUGAGUUUGCAUCUAA